AUGGUUUCUUCUGAUGGACCUUGUACUCCAACGAAAAACAGGGCGACUGGUAGUAGCGGUGAGUCAAACGGAUCUAGAAUACCUUCGCCAAGCGCACCGGGCUCGCCAAAAUACCGCAAAAGAAGUGCCACCCAGAAACAUUUGCCUGUUACUCCAUCGGAACACUGGUGCAUUGUGUCCCAUACAAAACAAGAUAGCAGCAACGGGUCAUCAGCAAAAAAGGAUAAUCAUGCAGAUAGUGCGGUCGGCAAUGGAAGAGCUUCCUCAGAGGGCUCUUCGCAUAUGACAGCGUUCUAUCGUGAAAACAUACGUGUUCUAAAUGAGCUUCAAGAUGUGAUGUUCCAAAAAAAGGCCAAAUUGGACCUUGUGAAGGAUGAACUUAUGGAUAGCCAAGAUGAGCACAAGGCACUUGUACUCAAGCUGGAAACAUACAAGGAGGAGAAACACGUCAAAUCCCAGCAACUGAAACUCAAGGUCAACGACAUCAAGAAACUGACCGAUGAACAUGCUAUCCGUGGUAGAUACCUGCGCAAAGGACACGAACUAGAGAUUCAGCAACUACGGGCUAAGAACGUUGCAGAAAUGAAUACGCUAGAGAAUGAAUACCGACAAAAAAUUGAAGAACUGCGUUUCGCCAAGAUUAAGAAAUUGGAAGAAUCGCGAGAGAACUUGACAUGCGAUGUUUCAAAAUUGAAAGCCCAACUUACUAAUAAUGACGAAACCUUAAGAGAUAUGCUGAGUGAAUGUGAGUUGCGCCAUGGCGCGAAAAAAGAGGAGAGGCUGCGAAAACACCAGGAGGAGCUUAAUGCCCUCUUUCAAGAAAACUCGCAAUUAAAUGAUGAGUCGAAGCAACUAAAGGAUAACUUAACCACUUCGCUGAAUGCGGACCUUCACAAAAAAAUUGAGCAUACGAGGGCCUUGGAGGUGGAACUGCAAAAGAGCAAGGAAAAGUUAGAAUCCAUUCAAUCUGAGAAAUCUCAACUAGAAGAUCAUGUAAAAACCUUGAGCUCUGAUACGAUAAAAUCGUUAGCCAAACGAGACGAAUUAGAACAAUAUAUUGUUACUUCAAGAUCCGAACUGGAACAAAUAGAGGAAAUUUUGAUUAAGGAAGAGACUAUGAGACGUAAGCUCAAUAACGAAUUACAGGAGUUACGUGGAAAGAUAAGAGUAUUUUGCAGACUGCGACCUCUCUUGAAGAGAGAAGAACAAGAAGCGUGCAAUAUAAACAUUGAAAAGUUCAAUGACAACAAUGGGACUCAGAACAUCAUCAUUCAGCGUGAUAGUAAAUCACAUAGGUUCACAUUUGAUAGGGUCUUCGAUCAUUAUGAGUCUAAUAAUGAUGUAUUUAACGAGAUAGGCCCUUUAGUUCAAAGCUCUUUGGAUGGGUACAAUGUCUGCAUAUUUGCCUUCGGCCAAACUGGGUCAGGUAAAACCUACACUAUGCUAAACCCUGACGAUGGUGUGAUACCCGCUACUUUAAACCACAUUUUUCAUUGGAUAGAAAAGCUCAAGCACAUAGGGUGGAACUACGAUAUAUGGGGCCAGUUUGUUGAAAUCUACAACGAAAAUAUAAGAGAUCUCUUAAAGGAUCACGAGAGUUCUAUUGACGAAAGUGGGGACGGAGCAAAGCUUGAAAUAAGGCAUGAUAACGAGACACGUACUACUACGCUUACAAAUGCCACCUCUCAUAAGUUUCAGAAUCGGGAAAUGGUCAAUGACAUAUUGACACGAGCGUUGAGGAUGCGAUCAACUGCGGCAACCAUGGUCAAUUCACGCUCCUCAAGAUCUCAUAGUGUGUUUAUCAUUAAGCUUCAUGGUCACAAUACUUUAUCUGGUGAGCAGUCCACUGGCACAUUGAAUCUUGUUGAUUUGGCAGGCUCAGAAAGAGUCAAUUCUGGACAACCUCACGCGGACAGGCUCCGUGAAACCCAAAAUAUCAACAAAUCCUUGAGCUGCUUGGGGGACGUUAUACACGCCCUGGGUUCGACAGACUCUGGCAAAAGGCAUAUCCCUUUUCGUAAUUCCAAGCUAACGUACUUAUUACAAUAUUCACUGACUGGGGAGUCGAAAACACUAAUGUUCGUUAAUAUCUCCCCAAGUCUCAAAAAUGGCCCAGAAACGUUGAAUUCUUUACGAUUUGCCGCGAAGGUCAACUCUACCACGAUGACGAAAUGA